UUACUACAUGUCGAGGCUUAUGGCGAUUGAGAUUACCAAGGCUGUGCAUAGUAGUCUGAGGUCGGAGUGACGCACGCCAGGAGCGUGCAGCCGUGUGUUUACAGCCUCUGUGCCGUGAGGAUAGAGAGCGAGAUAGAGGGAUAAAAAAUGCGAAAGUUGAGCCCGGCGAGCUGGUGCAAGAGACGCUAAGGUUGUCGCCGACGUGGGCCACCGCAUCUUCGAGGAAAAUUCGAGAUUGGAGAUAACUAAGGUUGGUGGGCCUAGUGUAAGAGCCCAAGGCGUCUGUCAACAUGUUCUACGCUCACUUUGUGCUAGCCAAGAAGGGCCCGCUGGCCCGGAUUUGGUUAGCUGCUCACUGGGACAAGAAGUUAACCAAGGCUCACGUCUUCGAAACCAACAUCGAGAAAUCCGUUGAUGGUAUUUUACAGCCCAAGGUCAAAAUGGCACUAAGAACUUCGGGCCAUUUGUUGCUGGGAGUAGUCCGUAUCUACUCUCGUAAGGCAAAAUACCUUUUGGCAGACUGUAAUGAAGCAUUUGUCAAAAUUAAAAUGGCCUUUAGGCCAGGAAUGGUGGAUUUGCCAGAAGAACACAGGGAAGCGGAAGUCAAUGCCAUCACUCUUCCUGAAGUCUUUCAUGACUUCGACUCUGCCAUGCCAGAAUUAAACUUACAUCUGUACAGGGACGUUGAUAUCGAGGCACAGUUCAGCUUAAACCAGUCGAGAGCGGAAGAAAUCACCAUGAGAGAAGAUUAUGGAAGUCUGUCUUUAGUUACCCAUGACCAAGGCUUUGGUGAUAUGAGUUUUGAUGUUGAACCAGAGCUAUUGAGGCAUACUUCGAAAAUUGAUGGUCCCUUGGAUCAGAGACACAUGUUAUUUACCGAUGAUGGUGCAGGAAUAGAAGCUGCACUAGAGCAGCAAGAAAAAGAAGCUGUUGCCGGUACUUCAAGUUCGGUACAGCCUAUGGACAUAGACACACCUAUUAGAGAUGAUGGUUUUGGUGGUCACUUGGGACAAGAUAUGAUAUCGGGAGGACUGUUUGAAGGUGGUUUGUUUGAUGAGGCCCCAAUGGGCGACGUUCCGGUACCUGAUGUAAGCUCAAUAGAUCAGCCAGAGCCAAGUGCUGCUGCAGUUGCUCCUUCUGUUCAUGAUGGCUCAGACGACGAUAUGGGUGAUCAUUUUGGUGGUGGUGCACCAUCACCCAUGGGUGGAAUGAGCUCUGAUGGCUCGAGGCCGGCUACACCAGUAAUUGAUGCUGCUGGUGGUAGGAUUAGCGUAGCUAGCCGACGAUUUACACCAGCUCCACAACCUAUAUCAGACGAUCUUGCGACGGAUGGUCACGAAGAACAGCCCGCAAUGACUGAACAGACAACAUUAGUACACGAUGAGGAAGAGAGUUUUGCCUUAGCGCCAGUUGAUGCCUCAGCCCUCAAAGGAUUCACAAAAGCCAAGCGCAAGAGGAAACUAAUUGUUGACGAGGUCAAGAAUAUAUCUGGUGAAGAAAUGAAAGCUCAACUCUCUGACACUAGUGAUAUUGUUACGACGUUAGACUUAGCACCACCAACUAAAAGGUUGAUGCACUGGAAAGAGACGGGAGGGGUUGAGAAACUUUUUGCCCUUCCGGCUAGGUCGAUACCAGCGAGGGUUCUAUUCAAAAACUACAAACGACACUUGACCAGCAAAACGUAUGAUCAUGACGACUUUGGUAGGAUAGCUGGCAUUGAUGACGAUGCAAUGCCAUUAGAACAAAUGCGAGAAGAACCAAAAGAGUCUGAACCUGUUUUGGAUCAAAGUAACAUUCAACCAAGGCGAUCGACGAGAAAACGCAAAGCACCCGCUGACGAAUCUGAACCACUAUCGCCAGUGCAACCAGAAAUUCCACAGACUUCAGCUGUUUCGGAGCAAGUGGAGCAAACCAUGCAAGGAGUCCAAGAACCAGCACGGCUAUCACCGACAGAGCAUCUUCAGCAGACGCCUGAUGCCUCGAUACCUCCAGAACCUCCUGUGCCUGACAUCAGUAGCAUUAUGUCUGCAGUUGAUCAGGCUGACAUGAUUGGUGCCGGUACGUCUGCAGGAGUGGAAGAUCAAUUGUUUGGUGCAGAAAUGCCUCAGAUUCCUCCCAAUGAAGUCAGCUCAUUGCUUGGUACGCAUGAUGAACCCAUGGAUCAACAGCAGCCUCCACCUGAUGAUGGCAUGCCCCAGAUGGAAAACAUGGGCUAUGAUCAAAAUGCACCACCAGUAUCUUUUGGCAUGGGCUAUGAUGACCAGCAUCCGCCAGCUCACACUCCAGGUGCUAUUUCAGAGAGGGGCGGACCAGCCACACCAUGGAAUGCUCACGAAGACUACGAGUUCCCACCAUCUGUUGGGCCGCAAGAAGAACAGCAAACGGACGAAACAUACGAACAGUUUGAAGAACGUGUCUUGAACAAACGAGCGGCACACAUGUACCACGCUAUUAAGAAUAAACUUGAUGGUAGGGAAAACUUAACGUUGUCAGAAAUGACGUUUAAAAAUAGUCGCAAACAGGCGGCACAGAAAUUCUAUACUUUGCUGGUUCUGAAAAAGUUUCAAGUUUUAGAAAUCAACCAAGAAUGUUCAUAUGCUGACAUUUAUGUUACCAAAGGCCCAAAGUGGGAAACUCCAGCUCUUUAAGCAGGGCUUUUCUUAAUUUUAUACUUAUUAUUUCUUACAAGUGUAAUAAUUACUACACGUUGGCAUGGUUUCCUCUUCCUACGACUUUUUUUACGGUGGGCGUUUAUCACAAACCUAUCAGACCACAAGUAUUUAUUUAUCACUCAUAAAAUAACUCGAUAAAUUAAACGCAUAUAUUAUAUAAAUAUUUAAUACUAAGAAAGAGGUAUAUUUCUACACGAAUUUUGUUAGAUCUAACAGUUCGGAGUUUUACUUUGUAUCCUACAUCUAAGAAAAUGCGCUUUUUACGAAAACAAGAUCUUCGAAUUUUCCUAUAAAUUUUAUAAAUACGAUGAUUCGAAUUAAAAAAUGCAUAUCCUUGUUUUACGUCUACAAAAUGGUUUAUAUGACAGUUUAGAGAAAAUAUUA